UGUUGAAUUUCGUGUUAGUAUCCAACUUAAGCUGUUCAGUUUUGGACUUGAGGUUAGUAUUCUAAUGUCUAGUGAACCUUCUUUCAAUGGUGGCUCGAAUUAAAAGAAGUUUGACUGCAAGCAAAUAUUCAGCAUCCUUGUCAAAUACUGGACCCUGCAAAUGUUGGUGCAUGUGUUUUUCAAAUUUGAUAAAAUGAUAAGAAGUAAUAACUACUAAUACUUCAAUAAAGGAAUGAGAGUUAACUUUGAUGGCUUGUAUCUUUAAAUUGCCAAUUUGCGCACUUCACAAUUUCUUUGUCAUGUAAUGGUUCCCUGACGAAUCACCAUCUAAUAACUUUAUAUACAUAUCAGUAAUAAACAACAAAAUUAAAGAAAAUAUGAAGUAAAGGAAGGUAAAGAAAGUACCCUUUGUCGUUUGGUUUAAUUGACAAAAGACAAAAGGGCCACGCGGGAACACUGUAACCAAAAGAAUGACUUUGUCUCCAUGGCUAUGCAAACUGUGAAAACAGCAAACACAGACGUGUAUGAGAUAAACUUGUACCUGGAACCAAUUGGCAGUGAUAAACCAAAGUUUAUUAAGUUAUCAAAAUAAAGGAAUAGCAUACAGAUGGGUCCCCAAACUCUACUUUAGAAAGUGGUAGUGGUGACAAAGCAGAAUCUGAGUAAUGAUGAACUCCGCUGCCAUAAAAACAGGUCUUUAGCUCUUUAUGCAUAAACCACUAAGAGGUGGAAAUCAAAAGCAACAAUUUUAAGUUGGAGACAAGAAUGAGUGACCUUUAAAUUGGGUCCUUUCGUUCAGCACUAAGAAUCUUUCAUAUUAUUUUCAUUUUCCUCAAUAAAAAACACUUGGAAACCACGUCACACUUUCUUCUUAAAUAUCAAACUGUUGAUCACCAGUCCUCUCAUCAUCUUCUUCUUGCUUUCUCAAUUCUUACUCUUACCAUGAUAUCUUUCAUUUACUGAGACCUCAGGGUAUAUCAUUAACAAGUGAGUGGUAACAUUCUUUGGUUGGUACAAUGAAAAAACAUUUUAUUUCAAUACAACUACUGAGUUUUCUUCUUCAGGCAUUAAAAGUUAUCAUAUGAGUAUAUACCUACUUGACAGAAUAUGACAAAAACAAAUGCAUGUUUCUUUUAAUUUUUAUGAUUAAGCUUCAUUUUGAUGAAAGCACUUGACUCCUUUUCAAUGUCAGUGAGCUCCAAUGCCCCUUUCUCUAAGUGCUCAGCUCACCAGCUGGAGAACAUAGAUGAGAAUGCUCCUGCAGAUUGGCCUGCAUCAUCUUGUGCUCCACCUGAUACUCCAACUGAAUCUAUGGAGUUCCUUGCUAGAUCAUGGAGUCUUUCCGCUAUGGAACUCUCCAAAGCAUUGCACAGCACUAAUAUCACAACUGGCAAUGGUAUUGAGAUGCCACUUACAUGCCCUUCUGGCAACCAACUUGAUACCAAGAGUUCCACUGCUUCAAAGGAUUCUUUAUCUAACGGGUGUUGCCGUCCAAUUUUGCCAAAAGACAGUAACGAAAAAAAGCUUUACAGGAGCUUGAUAAGAGGGAGGACAAUGGGUAGGUGGUUGAAAGAUCAAAAGGAGAGAAAAAAACAAGAAAUUAGGACCCAUAAUGCUCAGUUGCAUGCUGCAGUAUCUGUGGCUGGUGUUGCUGCCGCUAUUGCAGCAGUUGCAGCUUCAACAGCAUCACCUGAAAUGCCUAAUGCCAACCAAAAGAACCCUCCCAUGACUUCCGCUGCUAUUGCAUCUGCAGCAGCUCUAGUAGCCUCUCACUGCAUUGAGAUUGCUGAAGAUAUGGGAGCUGAACACGACCAAAUCUUAGCAGUGGUCAACUCUGCCAUUAAUGCAAAAACCAAUGGAGAUAUAAUGACUCUUACAGCUGGAGCAGCCACUGCCUUGCGAGGAGCUGCUACUCUAAAGGCAAGGCUGCAAAAGGGGCUUGGAGCCGCUACAAUACCUCUAGUUGAGGACAACUGUGAUGAAGGCAAGGAGGCAAACAUCUUGACCGCACUGGACUAUGUUUUUAGAGGUGGAGAACUUCUCAAACGUACAAGAAAAGGAGCUCUUCACUGGAAGCAAGUGUCCUUCAAUAUAAACUCAAAUUUGCAGGUUGUAGUCAAAAUGAAAAGCAAGCAUAUGGCAGGAACAUUCACAAAAAAGAAGAAAUAUAUAGUCACUGGAGUUUGCAGUGAUAUCCUAGCUUGGCCCGGGAGGGACAAGGAAAACAUCAAUGACAAGAGGGCAUAUUUUGGAAUUAAAACAAUAGACAGAAUAAUAGAAUUUGAAUGUGCAAGUAAAGGAGACAAACAGCUUUGGCUUGAGGGGAUCCAGUAUAUGUUGAAUUGCCGUGUCAAAGUAACAUAAGCAAAAAAUAAUGGGUUUGCAU